AUGGCACCCACCUAUCUCAAGACCGGCGCCACCACCACCGCUACACCACGAACAUCGCCUGAUGUCCAAGACAUAGUAAAAAAUGUCAUCGACACAGUCCGCCUCCAAGGCGACGUGGCUGUGCGUGAAUUCUCCCAACGUUUCGACAAAUGGAACCCCGCCUCGUUCAGGCUCUCCAGGGCUCAAAUUGAAGAAGCCAUGAGCCGAAUACCUGAGCAAACCAUCAAGGAUAUCAAAGCCGUACAAUACAACGUGCGAACAUUUGCCCAGGCUCAACGCGACUCGCUCAAGGACUUUGAACUCGAGAUCCAGCCCGGUGUCUUCUUGGGUCAGCGAAACAAUCCUAUCAACGCCGUCGGCGCAUAUAUCCCUGGAGGGCGUUACCCUUUGCUUGCAUCCGCGCACAUGACGAUCCUAACAGCCAAAGUCGCAGGCGUCAAACAUGUCAUCGGCUGCACGCCGCCGAUCGCGGGCCAACUUCCCAACGCAACCAUUGCGGCCAUGCAUCUCGCGGGCGCUGACGAGAUUUUCAUCCUAGGCGGUGUCCAGGCCAUCGCGGCCAUGGCCGUGGGGACUGAAACGAUCCGUAAAGUCGACUUCAUCGCUGGACCGGGCAACGCCUUUGUCGCCGAGGGCAAACGCCAGCUCUAUGGCGAUGUGGGAAUAGAUCUCUUUGCGGGACCAACGGAGGUUCUGAUCGUAGCUGACGAACACGCCGAUCCCUAUACAGUGGCAACGGACUUGCUUUCGCAGGCUGAGCAUGGGCCUGACACGCCUGCGAUUCUCAUCACAAAUAGCGAAGACCUGGGUCGCAAAACUAUCGAUCACGUGGAUAAGUUGUUGCUGAAUCUACCAACCGCAGGACUGGCGGGAACAUCGUGGAAGACGUACGGCGAGGUCGCGGUUGUAGAGAACUUGGAUGAAGCCUAUGCUCUGGCCGAUGCAUAUGCCUCGGAACACGUGCAGAUCUUGACAAAGAAUCCACGAGAGGCACUGGAGAAGAUGCAACAUUAUGGAGCGAUCUUUUUGGGCGAUAGGACAUGCGUGUCAUACGGUGAUAAGUGCAUCGGUACCAAUCAUGUCCUUCCUACGCGAAAAGCAGCUCGCUAUACGGGCGGUCUCUGGGUUGGAAAAUUCUUGCGCACUGUCACUUACCAGGAAGUCAAAUCGAAUAAUGCUAGCGGCGAGUUGGGUCGUCUCUGCGGACGGGCGGCGAGGGCGGAGAAUUUCGAGGGACAUGCUCGAUCGGGAGAUUUGCGUGCACAUAAAUUCUUGAGGGACGACUUUGAGUGGAUUAGUGGGCGGGACGUACAGCAUGAUUAUCGACCAAGGCUGUAA